UUUCCGCCUUGAGUAGCUGUUAUCUGUCAAAAUUUGCUGAAGUCGCUUUUUUUUUUGAAAGAAUUUGUUGUAUUUCAAAUUUUUAAUACGGAAUGCCAAUUGUUCUCUUUUAACACAUUAAUUAGUUCUUCGAAAUGUAUUGGAAGAAUUGCGCAUUCUUAAUUUUGUGUGGUUUUUGUUUCACUUUUGCUCGUUGUAGUUUUCCAAAUGGUUCCUUUAUUAUUUAUAGAUCACCAUCAGUUUUGUCACUGAAUGGCAUUUGGACUGCUGUAAACUCAAAUGGAAGUAUUAUCGUCAAAGCAAAAGUGCCUGGUAGUAUUUAUACUGAUUUACAAAGGAACAAUAUAAUUCAAGAGCCUUACUUUGGUGAAAAUGAUCUUUUAUAUCGUUGGGUUGGACAAGACAAUUGGAUUUUCAAGAGGAAAUUCAUAGCUGAAUGUCAUCUUUUGCAAAAGACAAGAAUUGUUCUUAUAGCUCAUGGACUUGAUACUGUUAGCAAAAUACAUUUAAAUGGCAAAUUAAUUGGAGUUUCUGAUAAUAUGUUUGUUCGCUACUUAUUUGACAUAAAACCUGUUUUAAAGGCUAACAACAGCAUUAGAGUGUCAUUUAGAUCUGCUGUAGAAUAUUCCAAAGAAAAACAUGAAAUUCAAGUUCUCAAAUAUGUCAUUCCACCAGUCUGCCCACCUCCUGUACAAAACGGAGAAUGCCAUGUGAAUUACAUACGUAAAAUGCAAAGUUCUUUCAGUUGGGAUUGGGGGCCUGCUUUCCCUACACAAGGAAUAUGGAAACCACUGGAAGUUGUAGGAUUUGAUACACUUUUAAUAACAGACGUGACUGUUGUUCCUGAUAUAAUCAAUGGAAAACUGCAAAAUAUGACAAUUACUACACAUAUGGAAACGGCUUCAUUUGAUUUGGUCAAUGGUAAUAUGACGAUUUCCUUGAAUGAUUCAGUCAUUUUUCAGUCCAAUAUAAGUAUCAAGCCAGAUGAAAAUUUGAGUGCCCAAAAGACUAUCAAAAUAAUCUUUACAAAGAAUUAUGACAUUAAACUUUGGUGGCCAAAUGGAUUGGGAAGUCAGCCACUUUAUACUCUGAAGAUAAUAUUUUCAAAUAAUGAGGAAUCUGUCUCAAAGUCUAUUAAAAUAGGUUUUAGAACAAUAGAACUUAUACAAGAACCUGUUGAAAAUUCUACUGGCUUAAGUUUUUAUUUUAAAGUGAAUGGUGUGCCAUUCUUUGCCAAAGGAUCUAACUGGAUUCCUGCUGAUAGUUUCCAGGAAAGAGUCACUCCUCAAUACAUUGAAAAUCUUUUGCAAUCUGCUAAAGAAGCCAACAUGAAUAUGCUUCGGGUUUGGGGAGGUGGAAUUUAUGAAACGGAUGAAUUUUAUGAAACAGCAGACAGAUUAGGAUUGUUAAUUUGGCAAGAUUUGAUGUUUGCUUGUGCAUUAUAUCCAACCUAUCAAGAUUUUCUUAGCAGUAUUAGUACUGAAGUGACUCAACAGGUUAGGCGUCUUCAACAUCACCCAAGUUUGUUGCUUUGGGCUGGAAACAAUGAAAAUGAACAAGCAAUAUCUGGUUAUUGGUGGCCAUCUGUUUCGCAAUACUUGGAACAAUACAAAGCUGAUUAUGUCAAACUGUACAUUGAUACUAUCAUGCUACUUGUAACUAAUGAAGAUCCUACUCGAACGUUUUUGCCUUCAAGCCCAUCUAAUGGACCUGAAACUGUUAGAGAAGGGUGGAUUUCAAGUAAUCCUCAAGAUAAUCUAUAUGGUGAUGUGCAUUUUUACGACUACUUUGGUAGUGAAUGGAACCCAGAUACAUAUCCCAGGGCUAGAUUUGUAUCUGAAUAUGGAUUUCAAUCUUUUCCCUCUUUUGAAUCUCUUGCUAAUGUUUCAAAUCCUCAAGAUUGGCAAUAUCCUUUAAAUGAUGCUAUGAAACAUCGUCAACAUCAUAUGUUUGGUAACUUACAGAUGGACAGUAUGAUUUUGAAACAUUUCAGAUUACCUGAUACUUCUUGUGGCAUUCAAGGUUUUAAAGAUUUCUUAUAUUUAUCCCAGAUUGUGCAAGCUGUUGCAAUAAAAACCGAAACUGAAAAGUAUCGUCGUAGCCAAAGUGAAGUUGUAAAUGGGGAAGGAAAGACAAUGGGAGCUUUGUAUUGGCAGUUAAAUGAUAUUUGGCCAGCUCCUUCAUGGGCUUCCAUUGAGUAUGGAGGGCGAUGGAAGAUGCUACAUUAUUAUGCAAAGCAUUUUUUCUCUCCUCUUCUGGUAUCCCCCUAUCGAAAAGAUGAUGAGGCUGUUGUUAGUGUUGUUUCGGACUUGUCUGCACCCCUGAAUAAUCUGAUUUUGAAUAUCUCAGUAUUUAGUUGGUCAUCUAUGGAACCUCUUCUCACCAAUGUUGUAACUUUCAGCCAGCCACCUAGAUGUUCAAAAGUUGUCUUUCAAGAAAGCAUCACGACUUUAUUAGAAAGAAGUGGCUGCCCAAAUGAAAAUUCUUGUUUUCUGUACUUUAUUGUUCGGUCACCAGAAGAGCCAAAUCUAGAAUCAAGAAAUGUACUGUUUCUUUCUGAAUUCCAUUCUGCAACAGGGUUGAAAAAGCCUUAUAUUGCUGCUGACAUCAUAGGACCAUUUAAAACUGAAGCUUCAGAUUACACUUUCAACAUUUCUCUUGAUACACAUGCUAUUGCUCCAUUCGUAUGGUUGGAUGUUUGGAAUAUUCCAGGAAAAUUUUCGGACAAUGGUUUCUUAAUGGUAUCAGAGACCGUGGUGUCUUUCUUCAGUAAAGAUGCAAUCGAAAUAAAAGAUAUUAGCAAUAAUUUGAAUAUUACGUCAUUAAAAGAUACUUGUACAAAUUAAAUAAGAUUUCUUGUGUUAUGAUAAAGCUAGACACGUGUUAAUUUUUAAUUUACACAUAACAUACUGAUGUAAAAUGUCACUUGUAUACCUUAAAUAAACGAUAUUUUCACACUACAUUAUUCUCAUGAAAAAACAUCUCUUUGAUACAGGAAAUUCAUCAUUUUAAUAUUGUAAGCGGAAAGAUAGUUAUGGAACAUCUUGUCUUUUAGCCAGAUUAAAAUGUUGCAAAUAAAACAAAUUAUUUUAGAUAACAGGAGAAUUUAUAAGAACUUAUAAUGUCAUGUUUGAUACAUAGUAUGGGAUUCAUGGUUCUGUGAUUAUUCUUCACUAGUUAUUGAGUUUUAUAUUUGAAAUUAUUCAAAUUCUUAAAUAUUUUUGAUUGCUUGAAUGAGCAAAAUUAGAAUAUUGGGAUUUAUCAUGAAUACUUAAUAUUUUAGUAAACUAUUUUUGAAUAAACUUUGAAAGUAAAGUAUUAAGUUAAAAAGUUGUAAUAUAAAAAUGUAAUUGUGACAAAUUUAUUGGAAUUUCUACUGUUCAUUUUGAUAUUUAGAAAGUAUUUAUUAAUCAUAUUUAAAAUUAUUACCAGAAUUUGUAUAU